AUGAACGCUCAUUCUCAGCUGCACCAACUGCGUACGUUUGCCCAAACCCCACAUAACCAGUUUCCACAACCUAACUCAUCUGCAGCCAACGGACUCAGUAAACAAGCUCAUCCACAACAACAACAACAACAACACCAAAGACACCACCAAAGACACCAACAACAGCAGAAAACCUUACAAGAACAAAUGAACGAUUCUUUGCAUCUACAAGGAAAUUCCAAUGGAGUUCCACAGCUGAGACAACCAUUUAUGAGACAAGCAAAUGGAAACCCCACUCUUCCAUCUGGCAACGACAAUGUACAAGAUACCCAGCGGCCAGGAUUGCAUCGAAAUUCAAACUUCAAUGGAAGCACAGCUAGCUCACAAACAAUUCCCGCGCAAAGUCUGCAACCAAAUGGCAAUGCAGUCAAGGGAAGACCUGGCCCUCCAUCACGAACAAUGUCGCAUCAAGCAAGUGCUCAAACAAGUUCCGGUCAUAACUCUCAAGGACAAACUCCAGCUAUGGGAAGCACUCUGUCCCCAGUUAUCGGCGUGAAUAAUGGUCAAGAGCCUCUAACACGGGUCCCUCAAGGUGGGCCGAGUAGACAAGGAAUCCAAGUAGAGGGAGCAAAGCAGCCUUCUGGUGGAAUACCUUAUCGACAAGCAGGACCACAAAAUUCCAUGCAACCACAGUUCAACAUGCCGAAUGAAUCCUCAGCAUUUGUACCGAGAAGACCAGUCCCACUUGGCCAGUCGCAGCAACACCAGCACCAGCACCAGCAAAUGAUGACACCAGCUGAUCAAAUGCAACAAGAGUUCAAUACUCGCAUAAUUAAAAGAAAUUUGGGAAACGCAGCAACUAUGAGAGUGUUGGACUUGAUUGAUUUUUUGAGUAAUGAGGCACAUGACAAUCUACGGAGUGUUGAAUUUUGGCAAAGAAUCACCCCUGUUUAUUUCUUGCCUAACUCGACAAUAAGAUUGAGUUUUGCCAAAUUUAUAACCAGUCAAUCAGACAAGUCUUUGAGCGAAGUUACCGGACUAAAUUUCAACUUUUUAAAGUCGGUGAAUAAAGGUAUCAACGAUACAAACGCGGCAAACCAUUUUGAAUUGAAUACAACUACAGCACCCCGGUUCUUUGCCAACUGUGCCGCGCAUUCCGAAUUUACAAGAUUCUCAGUUUUUCUACCCGGAAUGAAGUUUCAAGUUUUGAACAAUGGAUCAAUAAUAAUUGUCUCAAAACUUGAGAUCAACUUGACCUAUGACGACGACUCCACUACCAAACUAAAUGGAAAUGUCAAAAUACUAAUGAGCAGGGACUUGAGGAUUGAAUGGAUAGAUGUAAAUUGUCUUGGUUAUGAAAGCUUGAUCAAUUUGAACAUCUUGACUAAACUGCCACAAAGGAGCAAGCCAGCAAAUGACAUUUACAACAAUCUCAAAACGGUGCAAAAUAUGUCCACAUUUGGACUAGGCAAAACCAACACGAGGAAUUUGCAACUCAUUGAUGUCUUGACCCACAUGAAGCAAUUGAUAGAUUUUAGUCAAUUGAAUAAUAUCAAAGCUCCUCAACGAGCGCUAGAGCUUCUUUUGAGCACUCCUCAAGCCGCUGUUCCAACAAAUUUUCGACUUGCUCGUGGGCCAUUCCCCAACGGAUUCGGUGUACCGCCCCAACGUCAACCCAUGCAAUUUCAAAACCCCAUGAGAGAAGCAGCAGCCGCACCGAGAACAACUCAACAAGAAUCAAUGCACUUGCAACAACCACCAAAAAGUGUGAAACAGGAGGGGCAACAGCUGAAGAUGACAGAUAGCUACAUGCCACAGAGUGAGACCCCGUCCCCGAAAACUAUCACAGAAGAUCCAAAAAAGAAAAGAAAAUCCAGCGCUGGAGGUGGUGGAUUGCAAGCUGGAAAUAACAAGAAGAGGAAAUGA